GGCCUUCCGGGUGUGACGUCACAUAUCCUAGCAACCACGGCCUGACCGGAAACCGAGAGAACCCUUUAAAAGCAUGUCCAGCAUUCAGCUACAGUCACUGUCUUCGAGCCAGCUAAAGCAGCUUGCUGUGGACAUUACACGCGUUCUCUCCAUCUAUGGCUUCAUAACAGAUUCCUAUAUAAUUGAGUUUUUCACGAACAAUCUUUGGGAGACCCUGCCAGUAUCCUGGAGAGAGGCCCUGUCAAAUCUGUCUUCUCCACAGUUGGCGGAUCAGCUGAUGUCAAGUAGAAAGGAUGUGUGUUACAGGUCUGUGUGGCCUUUAAGUCUCCUAGCAUUAAAGGUAACAGCACAUACCCUUACUUAUCCACGAAACCUGCGUCAUGAAGCCAGUAAUAUAAGCAAUAAAAAGCCUAAAGAAUUCAUAGAAAACCAUUGCCAGAGCUCCUUGCUGGAUCCCUUAUUUCGGAAGCACGUGAAACCCAAAAAACAGCACGAAAUCCGACAGCUUGGAAAGCUGGUGAAGAAGUUGAGUGAUGUAACAAACUGUGACCAGGUGGUGGAUAUCGGCUCUGGACAGGGCCACCUUUCUCGCUAUUUAUCAUUUGGACAAGGCCUUACGGUCACUGCUGUAGAAGCAGACAAGAAUCUGGUGACAAUGGCAAGAAAGUUUGAUGAACACCUGAUGUACAUGUUGCAGAAGGAGAGAGGGAGAUCAUUAAAGCAAAAUAUUUCGGAAAGUUUCCCCUCUGCCAAUCCUCCCAAACACGUGUUAGCAUGGAUAGAUCCCAAGGCAUCAUGGGAAGAGCUGAUGAUGAAGCUAACUGGUUCAUCUCUAGAGGAAGACACUGGCCACUUCUACACGUCAAGUUUUGGGUUUUGUACGCAGGAGCCAGCUUCUAAACAAACUGAAAUGGGAAAAACCCUGCCAGUAACUAAUAACAAACUUAUAAAAAUGGAAGAAUUCAGGAGAGUUGAAACUAACAAAACGACUUCACAUUUCAUUGGACAAGAAAAUUCUGAAAACUGUGUAUUUUACUCAAAUUUAACAUAUGACAACAUUGUUAAAGAUGACACACAUUCCUGUCCUGCUGUAAACAUGUUCCGAAGUUGCAAUCUUUCACAGAGCAACAAGCUUGUAUUAACAGGACUCCAUGCAUGUGGCGACCUGAGCGUAGCCAUGUUACGACACUUUGUGAGAUGUCACUGUGUGGUGGGCAUCACAUCGGUCGCUUGCUGCUACAUGAAGUUAACAACGCCUGAAAUGCCAGAACCACCUGGAGUCUUGUCUUCCUCUCACGCACGUGAUAUAACCCAUGCAGAGUAUGGAUAUCCUAUGAGCUCAUGGGUAGCACAGCUCGAGGGGCAUAAGCUAUCUUACAAAGCCCGAGAGGUGGCAUGCCAUGCUAUUGAGGAUUACAUUGAGCGACUGAGAACGGACAGCAGUAUUUUGCGCACCCACUGUUAUAGAGCCGUGUUAGAGACUGUUAUUCGCAGUGUUGAUCCUACCAUGAAACGCGCUGGAGUGCAAACAAUUAAAAAGGCGCAUGAGCUUAAGUUCAAGGAAUAUGCCAAGCUGGGACUGAGGCGUGUCGGGCUGGAUCCCAGUACUCCUGUAUGUGAAGAGUUAGUGGGAAACAUGCUAGCCCAGCAGCAGAAUGUGGUGGCCUUUUUCAGUCUGGCCCUCCUGCUGGCACCAUUGGUGGAAACGCUCAUACUUUUAGACCGAAUGAUAUUUAUGCAUCAGGAAGGAUUUCACUGUGAUCUGAUCCCUCUUUUUAAGCCACUAUUUUCACCAAGGAAUUUGGUGCUUGUAGCCACCAAAACAAACAUUCACCCAGGGGAACUUCUGGAGGAAAUUCAAGACACUCUUUAAAGGGUCCAGCAGUGUGGACUUCAGACAACAUGUCAUUUGCGUGUUUGAAAAGACGUGAUCUUUGUUUCCAUAAGUCCUGUUAUGGAUAGCAUAGUAGUUUUAGUGUAUGAAAAAUAAACUUCCUAAGGCUGACCAUGUCUUAUUAUAUAAAA